GUGACAAAGGGUUACAGAGGAUACAGGGGGAACCAAGGGGUUACAAAGGGUUGCAUGGGGUUACAGGUGCUUACAAGGGGUGACAAGGGGUUACAAGGGUUGACAAGAGGUUCAAAAGGGUUAGAAGGGGUAACAAGGGGGUGACAACGGGUUACAAAGUGGUACAGGGGGUGACAAGACCUAACCAGGGGUAACAGGGGGUUACAAAGGGUUACAAGGGGUGACAAGUAGUUACAAGGGGUUGCAGGAGUGACAAGGGGUCACAAAAGGGGUCCAGGGGGUGACAAGCGGUUACAAAAGGGUUACAAGGAGUUACAAGGGGUAACAAGACGUUACCAAGACUUACAAGGGGUGACAGGGGGUUACAGGGGGUUACAAAGGAUUAUAGAAACUUAUUUCUAACCAGAACGUUCCCAGAUACUUUUUCUUGGUCUAUUUUGCAUAAAAAUCAAAGUUGAAAAAAUCUCAAUUUUUUUACCACCACGAUGGACUAAACCCCUUUGGAAAAAUUCUUAAUUUUGCCUUUUUCGUACACAGUUGUUUUUACAGUCUUUAAAGGCUUCUUUUUUGUCUAGAACGUCACCAAACACUUUUUCUCGAUCUACUUUUGAUAAACACAAGACAUGAAAAAACUUCAACUUUCUGACCAAAAUCACGGACUAUCAUCCCCUUUGCAAAAAUGCCAAUUUUGCCUUCUUUUUAAAUCCAUGUUUAUAUUGUCUAGAAAGGCUUCUUUUCAAACGAGAACGUCACCAAAUACUUUAUCUGGGUGUAUUUUGCAUAAAACGAAACGUUCACAAAAUUUCAAAUAUUUGACCAAAACCAUGGACUAACCCCUUUGCAAAAAUGCCAAUUUUGUGGGUUUUUGAAACCGAUGUUUUUGUUGUUCAAAAAGGCUUGUUUGCUAUAUAAAACGUAGAAAAUCGUUUUUUCACUAUUUAUUUUCACCAUCUAUGACAUGGGAAUACAGGGGGUUACAAAGAGUAACAGGGGGUUACAAGGGGUUACAAGGGGUUACAAGGGGUUACAGGGGGUUACAAGAGGUUACAAGGGGUGACAGGGGGUGACAAGGGGUUACGGAAGGUUUCAAAGAAUUAUAGAAACUUUUUUCUAACUAGAACGUUCCCAGAUACUUUCUCUUAAUCUAUUUUGCACAAAAAUCAAAGUUGAAGAAAUCUCAAAUUUCUGACCAAAACGAUGGACUAACCCCUUUGAAAAAAUUCUAACUUUGCGUUUUUCGUACACAGUUGUUUUUAUAGUCUUUGAAGGCUUCUUUUUUAUCUAGAACAUCAACAAACACUUUUUCUCGAUGUAUUUUUGACAAACACAAAAGAUGAAAAAACUUCAACUUUUUGACCAAAAUCAUGGACUAUCCCCUUUGCAAAAAUGCCAAUUUUCGCUUCUUUUUAAAUCAAUAUUUAUAUUGUCUAGAAAGGCUUGUUUUCUAACGAGAACGUCACCAAAUACUUUUUCUGGGUGUAUUUUGCAAAAAACGAAAGGUUCACAAAAUUUCAAAUUUUUGACGAAAACCAUGGACUAACCUCUUUGCUAAAAUCCUAAUCUUGUGGGUUUUUCAAAUCAACGUUUUUGUUCUUCAAAAAGACUUGUUUGCUAUAUAAAACGUCGAAAAUCGUUUUUUUUUUACGAUUUAUUUUCACCAUCUAUGAGAUGGGAAUACAGGGGGUUACAAGGGGUUACAGGAGGUUACAAGGGGUUACAAGGGGUGACAAGGGGUUACAGAGGGUUUCAAAGAAUUAUACAAACUUUUUUCUAACUAGAACGUUUCCAGAUACUUUCCCUUAAUCCAUUUUGCACAAAAAUCAAAGUUGAAGAAAUCUCAAAUUUUUGACCAAAACGAUGGACUAUCCCCUUUGAAAAAAUUCUAAUUUUGCGUUUUUCGUACAAAGUUGUUUUUAUAGUCUUUGAAGAAUCUUUUUUAUCUAGAACGUCAACAAACACUUUAUCUCGAUGUAUUUUAGACAAACACAAAAGAUGAAAAAACUUCAACUUUUUGACCAAAAUCAUGGACUAUCCCCUUUGCAAAAAUGCCAAUUUUGCCUUCUGUUUAGAUCCAUGUUUAUAUUGUCUAGAAACGCUUGUUUUCAAACGAGAACGUCACCAAAUGCUUUUUUUGGGUGUAUUUUGCAUCAAACGAAACGUUCACAAAAUUUCAAAUUUUUGACCAAAACCAUGGACUAACCCCUUUGCAAAAAUGCCAAUUUUGUGAGUUUUUCAAAUCGAUGUUUUUGUUCUUCAAAAAGGCUUGUUUGCUAUAUAAAACGUCCAAAAUCGUUUUUUCACGAUUUAUUUUCACCAUCUAUGACACGGGAAUACGGGGGGUUACAAGGGGUUACAGGAGGUUACAAGGGGUUACAAGGGGUUAGAGGAGGUUACAACUGGUUACAAGGGGUGACAGGGGGUGACAAGGGGUUACAGAGGGUUACAAAGGAUUAUAGAAACUUUAUUCUAAAUAGAACCUUCUCAGAUACUUUUUCUUGGUCUAUUUUGCAUAAAAAUCAAACUUGAAGAAAUCUCAAAUUUUUGACCAAAACGAUGGACUAACCCCUUUGAAAAAAUUCUAAUUUUGCGCUUUUCGUACACAGUUGUUUUUAUAGUCUUUAAAGGAUUCUUUUUUAUUUAGAACGUCAGCAAAUACUUUUUCUCGAUGUAUUUUUGAUAAACACAAAAGAUGAAAAAACUUCAACUUUUUGACCAAAAUCAUAGACUAUCCCCUUUGCAAAAAUGCCAAUUUUGUCUUCUUUUUAAAUCAAUAUUUAUAUUGUCUAAAAAAGCUUGUUUUCUAACGAGAACGUCACCAAAUACUUUUUCUGGGUGUAUUUUGCAAAAAACGAAACAUUCACAAAAUUUCAAAUUUUUGACAAAAACCAUGGACUAACCCCUUGGCAAAAAUGCUAAAUUUUUGGGUGUUUCAAAUUAAUGUUUUUGUUCUUUAAAAAGGCUUGUUUGCUAUAUAAAACGUCCAAAAUCGUUUUUUUUCCGAUUUAUUUUCACCAUCUAUGACAUGGGAAUACAGGGGGUUACAAGGGGUUACAGUAGGUUACAAGGGGUUACAAAGGGUUACAGGGGGUAGAGGUUACAAGGGGUGACAGGGGGUGACAAGGGGUUACAGGGGGUUUUAAAGAAUUAUACAAACUUUUUUCUAACUAGAACGUUCCCAGAUACUUUCUCUUAAUCUAUUUUGCACAAAAGUAAAAGUUGAAGAAAUCUCAAAUUUUUGACCAAAACGAUGGACUAACCCCUUUGAAAAAUUUCUAAUUUAGCGUUUUUCCUACACAGUUGUUUUUAUAGUUUUAGAAGGCUUCUUUUUUAUCUAGAACGUCAGCAAACACUUUUUCUCGAUCUAUUUUUGACAAACACAAAAGAUGAAAAAACUUCAACUUUUUGACCAAAAUCAUGGACUAUCCCCUUUGCAAAAAUGCCAAUUUUACCUUCUGUUUAGAUCCAUGUUUAUACUGUCUAGAAAGGCUUGUUUUCAAACGAGAAGGUCACUAAAUACUUUUUCUGGGUGUAUUUUGCAUCAAACGAAACGUUCACAAAAUUUCAAAUUUUUGACAAAAACCAUGGACUAACCCCUUGGAAAAAAUGCUAAUUUUUGGGGGGGGUUUCAAAUCAAUGUUUUUGUUCUUCAAAAAGGCUUGUUUGCUAUAUAAAACGUCGAAAAUCGUUUUUUUACGAUUUAUUUUCACCAUCUAUGACAUGGGAAUACAGGGGGAUACAAGGGGUUACAGGAGGUUACAAGGGGUUUCAAGGGGUUACAAGGGGUUACAGGGGGGUACAAGAGGUUAAAAGGGGUGACAGGGGGUGACAAGGGGUUACAGGGGGUUUCAAAGAAUUAUACAAACUUUUUUCUAACUACAACGUUCCCAGAUACUUUCUCUUAAUCUAUUUUGCACAAAAAUCAAAGUUGAAGAAAUUUCAAAUUUUUGACCAAAAACAUGGACAAACCCCUUUGCAAAAAUGCCAAUUUUGUGGGUUUUUAAAACCGAUCUUUUUGUUGUUCAAAAAUGCUUGUUUGCUAUAUAAAACGUCGAAAAUCGUUUUUUCACGAUUUAUUUUCACCAUCUAUGACAUAGGAAUAGAGGGGGUUACAGGGGGUUACAAGGGGUUACAAGGGGUUACAAGGGGUUACAGGAGGUUACAAGAGGUUACCAGGGGUGACAGGGGGUGACAAGGGGUGACAAGGGGUUACAGAGGGUUAUAGAAACUUUUUUCUAAAUAGAACGUUCUCAGAUACUUUUUCUUGGUCUAUUUUGAUAAAAAUCAAAGUUGAAGAAAUCUCAAAUUUUUGACCAAAACGAUGGACUAGCCCCUUUGAAAAAAUUCUAAUUUUGCGUUUUUCGUACAGAGUUGUUUUUAUAGUCUUUGAAGGAUUCGUUUUUAUUUAGAAAGUCAGCAAACACUUUUUGUCGAUCUAUUUUUCAUAAACACAAAAGAUAAAAAGACUUCAACUUUUUGACCAAAAUCAUGGACUAUCCCCUUUGCAAAAAUAGGAGGUUACAAGGGGUUACAAGGGGUUACAAGAGGUUACAGGGGGUUACAAGAGGUUACAAGGGGUGACAGGGGGUGACAAGGGGUUACAGAGGGUUACAAAGGAUUAUAGAAACUUUUUUCUAAAUAGAACGUUCUCAGAUACUUUUUCUUGGUCUAUUUUGCAUAAAAAUCGAAGUUGAAGAAAUCUCAAAUUUUUGACCAAAACGAUGGACUAACCCCUUUGAAAAAAUUCUUAUUUUGCGUUUUUCGUAAACAGUUGUUUUUAUAGUCUUUAAAGGUUUCUUUUUUAUUUAGAACGUCAGCAAACACUUUUUCUCGAUGUAUUUUUGAUAAACACAAAAGAUGAAAAAACUUCAACUUUUUGACCAAAAUCAUGGACUAUCCCCUUUGCAAAAAUGCCAAUUUUGCCUUCUUUUUAACUCAAUAUUUAUAUUCUCUAGAGAAACUUGUUUUCUAGCGAGAACGUCACGAAAUACUUUUCCUGGGUGUAUUUUGCAAAAAACGAAACGUUCACAAAAUUUCAAAUUUUUGACAAAAAGCAUGGACUAACCCCUUGGAAAAAAUGCUAAUUUUGUGGGUGUUUCAAAUCAAUGUUUUUGUUCUUCAAAAAGGCUUGUUUGCUAUAUAAAACGUCGAAAAUCGUUUUUUCACGAUUUAUUUUCACCAUCUAUGAUAUGGGAAUACAGGGGGUUACAAGGGGUUACAGGAGGUUACAAGGGGUUUCAAGGGGUUACAAGGGGUUACAGGGGAGUACAAGACGUUACAAGGGGUGACAGGGGGUGACAAGGGGUUACAGGGGGUUUCAAAGAAUUAUACAAACUUUUUUCUAACUAGAACGUUCCCAGAUACUAUCUCUUAAUCUAUUUUGCACAAAAAUUGAAGUUGAAGAAAUUUCAAAUUUUUGACCAAAACCAUGGACUAACCCCUUUGCAAAAAUGCCAAUUUUGUGGGUUUUUAAAACCAAUGUAUUUGUUGUUCAAAAAGGCUUGUUUGCUAUAUAAAACGUCGAAAAUCGUGUUUUCACGAUUUAUUUUCACCAUCUAUGACAUGGGAAUACGGGGGGUUGCAAGGGGUUACAGGAGAUUACAAGGGGUUACAAGGGGUUACAGGGGGUUAAAAGAGGUUACAACGGGUGACAGGCGGUGACAAGGGGUUACAGAGGGUUACAAAGGAUUAUAGAAACUCUUUCCUAAAUAGAACGUUCUCAGAUACUUUUUCUUGGUCUAUUUUGCAUAAAAAUCAAAGUUGAAGAAAUCUCAAAUUUUUGACCAAAACGAUGGACUAACCCCUUUGAAAAAAUUCUAAUUUUGCGUUUUUCGUACACAGUUGUUUUUAUAGUCCUUGAAGGCUUCUUUUUUAUCUAAAACCUUAGCAAACACUUUUUGUCGAUCUAUUUUUCAUAAACACAAAAGAUAAAAAGACUUCAACUUUUUGACCAAAAUCAUGGACUAUCCCCUUUGCAAAAAUACCAAUUUUGCCUUCUUUUUAAAUCCAUAUUCAUAUUGUCUAGAAAGGGUUGUUUUCUAACGAGAACGUCACCAAAUACUUUUUCUGGGUGUAUUUGGCAAAAAACGAAACGUUCACAAAAUUUCAAAUUUUUGACAAAACCAUGGACAAACCCCUUUGCAAAAGUGCUAAUUUUGUGAGUUUUUCAAAUCGAUGUUUUUGUUCUUCAAAAAGGCUUGUUUGCUAUAUAAAACGUCGAAAAUCGUUUUUUCACGAUUUAUUUUCACCAUCUAUUACAUGGGAAUACGGGGGGUUACAAGGGGUUACAGGAGGUUAAAAGAGGUUACAAGGGGUUACAGGAGGUUACAAGAGGUUACAAGGGGUGACAGGGGGUGACAAGGGGUUACAGAGGGUUACAAAGGAUUAUAGAAACUUUUUUCUAAAUAGAACGUUCCCAGAUACUUUUUCUUGGUCUAUUUUGCAUAAAAAUCAAAGUUGAAGAAAUCUCAAAUUUUUGACCAAAACGAUGGACUAACCCCUUUGAAAAAAUUCUUAUUUUGCGUUUUUCGUACACAGUUGUUUUUAUAGUCUUUAAAGGAUUCUUUUUUAUUUAGAACGUCAGCAAACACUUUUUGUCGAUCUAUUUUUCAUAAACACAAAAGAUAAAAAGACUUCAACUUUUUGACCAAAAUCAUGGACUAUCCCCUUUGCAAAAAUGCCAAUUUUGCCUUCUUUUUAAAUCCAUGUUUAUAUUGUCUAGAAAGCCUUGUUUUCUAACGAGAACGUCACCAAAUACUUUUUCUGGGUGUAUUUUGCAUCAAACGAAACGUUCACAAAAUUUCAAAUUUUUGACCAAAACCAUGGACUAACCCCUUUGCAAAAAUGCCAAUUUUGUGGGUUUCUAAAAGCGAUGUUUUUGUUCUUCAAAAAGACUUGUCUGCUAUAUAAAACGUCGAAUAUCUUUUUUUUACGAUUUAUUUUCACUAUCUAUGACAUGGGAAUACAGGGGGUUACAAAGAGUUACAGGGGGUUACAAGGGGUUACAAGGGGUUACAGGGGGUUACAAGAGGUUACAAGAGGUGACAGGGGGUGACAAGGGGUUACAGGAGGUUACAAGGGGUUAAAAGGGGUUACAGGCGGUUACAAGAGGUUACAAGAGGUCACAAUGGGUGACAAGGGGUUACAGAGGGUUACAAAGGAUUAUAGAAACUUUUUUCUAAAUAGAACGUUCUCAGAUACUUUUUCUUGGUCUAUUUUUCAUAAAAAUCAAAGUUGAAGAAAUCUCAAAUUUUUGACCAAAACGAUGGACUAACCCCUUUGAAAAAAUUCUAAUUUUCGUUUUUUGUACACAGUUGUUUUUAUACUCUUUAAAUGAUUGUUUUUCAUUUUAGAACGUGAGCAAACACUUUUUCUCGAUCUAUUUUUGAUAAACACAAAAGAUGAAAAAACUUCAACUUUUUGACCAAAAUCAUGGACUAUCCCCUUUGCAAAAAUGCCAAUUUUGCCUUGUUUUUAAAUCCAUGUUUAUAUUGUCAAGAAAGGCUUGUUUUCUAACCAGAACGUCACCCAAUACUUUUUCUGGGUGUAUUUUGCAUCAAACGAAACGUUCACAAAAUUUCAAAUUUUUGACCAAAACCAUGGACUAACCCCUUUGCAAAAAUGCCAAUUUUGUGGGUUUUUGCAACCGAUGUUUUUGUUGUUCAAAAAGGCUUGUUUCCUAUAUAAAACGUAGAAAAUCGUUUUUUCACGAUUUAUUUUCACCAUCUAUGACAUGGGAAUACAGGGGGUUACAAAGAGUUACAGGGGGUUACAAGCGGUUACAAGGGGUUACAAGGGGUUACAGGGGGUUACAAGAGGUUACAAGGGGUGACAGGGGGUGACAAGGGGUUACGGGGGGUUUCAAAGAAUUAUACAAACUUUUUUCUAACUAGAACAUUCCCAGAUACUUUCUCUUAAUCUAUUUUGCACAAAAAUCAAACUUGAAGAAAUCUCAAAUUUUUGACCAAAACGAUGGACUAACCCCUUUGAAAAAAUUCUUAUUUUUCGUUUUUCGUACACAGUUGUUUUUAUAGUCUUUGAAGGCUUCUUUUUUAUCUAGAACGUCAACAAACACUUUUUCUCGAUGUAUUUUUGACAAACACAAAAGAUGAAAAAACUUCAACUUUUUGACCAAAAUCAUGGACUAUCCCCUUUGCAAAAAUGCCAAUUUUGACUUCUGUUUAGAUCCAGGUUUAUAUUGUCUAGAAAGGCUUGUUUUCUAGCGAGAACGUCACCAAAUACUUUUUCCGGGUGUAUUUUGCAUCAAAGGAAACGUUCACAAAAUUUCAAAUUUUUGACCAAAACCAUGGACUAACCCCUUUGCAAAAAUGCUAAUUUUGUGGGUUUUUGAAACCGAUGUUUUUGUUGUUCAAAAAGGCUUGUUUGCUAUAUAAAACGUCGAAAAUCGUUUUUUCACGAUUUAUUUUCACCAUCUAUGACAUGGGAUUACAGGGGGUUACAAAGGGUUACAGGGGGUUACAAGGGGUUACAAGGAGUUACAAGGGGUUACAGGGGGUUACAAGAGGUUACAACGGGUGACAGGGGGUGACAAGGGGUUACAGAGGGUUACAAAGGAUUAUAGAAACUUUUUUCUAAAUAGAACGUUCUCAGAUACUUUUUCUUGGUCUAUUUUGCAUAAAAAUCAAAGUUGAAGAAAUCUCAAAUUUUUGACCAAAACGAUGGACUAACCCCUUUGAAAAAAUUCUAAUUUUGCGUUUUUCGUACACAGUUGUUUUUAUAGUCCUUGAAGGCUUCUUUUUUAUCUAAAACCUUAGCAAACACUUUUUGUCGAUCUAUUUUUCAUAAACACAAAAGAUAAAAAGACUUCAACUUUUUGACCAAAAUCAUGGACUAUCCCCUUUGCAAAAAUACCAAUUUUGCCUUCUUUUUAAAUCCAUAUUCAUAUUGUCUAGAAAGGGUUGUUUUCUAACGAGAACGUCACCAAAUACGUUUUCUGGGUGUAUUUGGCAAAAAACGAAACGUUCACAAAAUUUCAAAUUUUUGACAAAAACCAUGGACAAACCCCUUUGCAAAAGUGCUAAUUUUGUGAGUUUUUCAAAUCGAUGUUUUUGUUCUUCAAAAAGGCUUGUUUGCUAUAUAAAACGUCGAAAAUCGUUUUUUCACGAUUUAUUUUCACCAUCUAUUACAUGGGAAUACGGGGGGUUCCAAGGGGUUACAGGAGGUUACAAGAGGUUACAAGGGGUGACAGGGGGUGACAAGGGGUUACAGAGGGUUACAAAGGAUUAUAGAAACUUUUUUCUAAAUAGAACGUUCCCAGAUACUUUUUCUUGGUCUAUUUUGCAUAAAAAUCAAAGUUGAAGAAAUCUCAAAUUUUUGACCAAAACGAUGGACUAACCCCUUUGAAAAAAUUCUUAUUUUGCGUUUUUCGUACACAGUUGUUUUUAUAGUCUUUAAAGGAUUCUUUUUUAUUUAGAACGUCAGCAAACACUUUUUCUCGAUGUAUUUUUGAUAAACACAAAAGAUGAAAAAACUUCAACUUUUUGACCAAAAUCAUGGACUAUCCCCUUUGCAAAAAUGCCAAUUUUGCCUUCUGUUUAGAUCCAUGUUUAUUUUGUCUAGAAACGCUUGUUUUCUAACGAGAACGUCACCAAAUGCUUUUUCUGGGUGUAUUUUGCAUCAAACGAGACGUUCACAAAAUUUCAAAUUUUUGACCAAAACCAUGGACUAACCCCUUUGCAAAAAUGCCAAUUUUGUGGGUUUUUGAAACCGAUGUUUUUAUUGUUCAAAAAGGCUUGUUUGCUAUGUAAAAUAUCCAAAAUCGUUUUUUCACUAUUUAUUUUCACCAUCUAUGACAUGGGAAUACAGGGGGUUACAAAGGGUUACAGGCGGUUACAAGGGGUUAAAAGGGGUUACAAGGGGUUACAGGAGGUUACAAGAGGUUACAAGGGGUGACAGGGGGUGACAAGGGGUUACAGAGGGUUACAAAGGAUUAUAGAAACUUUUGUCUAAAUAGAACGUUCUCAGAUACUUUUUCUUGGUCUAUUUUGCAUAAAAAUCAAAGUUGAAAAAAUCUCAAAUUUUUGACCAAAACGAUGGACUAAUCCCUUUGAAAAAAUUCUAACUUUGCGUUUUUCGUACACAGUUCUUUUUAUAGUCCUUGAAGGCUUCUUUUUUAUCUAAAACCUUAGCAAACACUUUUUGUCCAUCUAUUUUUCAUAAACACAAAAGAUAAAAAGACUUCAACUUUUUGACCAAAAUCAUGGACUAUCCCCUUUGCAAAAAUACCAAUUUUGCCUUCUUUUUAAAUCCAUAUUCAUAUUGUCUAGAAAGGGUUGUUUUCUAACGAGAACGUCACCAAAUACUUUUUCUGGGUGUAUUUGGCAAAAAACGAAACGUUCACAAAAUUUCAAAUUUUUGACAAAAACCAUGGACAAACCCCUUUGCAAAAGUGCUAAUUUUGUGAGUUUUUCAAAUCGAUGUUUUUGUUCUUCAAAAAGGCUUGUUUGCUAUAUAAAACGUCGAAAAUCGUUUUUUCACGAUUUAUUUUCACCAUCUAUUACAUGGGAAUACGGGGGGUUACAAGGGGUUACAGGAGGUUACAAGAGGUUACAAGGGGUGACAGGGGGUGACAAGGGGUUACAGAGGGUUACAAAGGAUUAUAGAAACUUUUUUCUAAAUAGAACGUUCCCAGAUACUUUUUCUUGGUCUAUUUUGCAUAAAAAUCAAAGUUGAAGAAAUCUCAAAUUUUUGACCAAAACGAUGGACUAACCCCUUUGAAAAAAUUCUUAUUUUGCGUUUUUCGUACACAGUUGUUUUUAUAGUCUUUAAAGGAUUCUUUUUUAUUUAGAACGUCAGCAAACACUUUUUGUCGAUCUAUUUUUCAUAAACACAAAAGAUGAAAAAACUUCAACUUUUUGACCAAAAUCAUGGACUAUCCCCUUUGCAAAAAUGCCAAUUUUACCUUCUGUUUAGAUCCAAGUUUAUACUGUCUAGAAAGGCUUGUUUUCAAACGAGAACGUCACUAAAUACUUUUUCUGGGUGUAUUUUGCAUCAAACGAAACGUUCACAAAAUUUCAAAUUUUUGACCAAAACCAUGGACUAACCCCUUUGCAAAAAUGCCAAUUUUGUGGGUUUUUAAAACCGAUGUAUUUGUUGUUCAAAAAGCCUUGUUUGCUAUAUAAAACGUCGAAAAUCGUUUUUUCACGAUUUAUUUUCACCAUCUAUGACAUGGGAAUACAGGGGUUACAAAGGGGGGUUACAAAGGGGUUACAAAGGGGUUAAAGGGGGUUACAAAGGGGUUACAAGGGUUACAAGGGGUGACAGGGGGUGACAAGGGGUUACACAGGGUUACAAGAGGUCACAAGGAGUGAAAGGGGGUGACAAGGGAUUACAGAGGGUUACAAAGGAUUAUAGAAACUUUUUUCUAAAUAGAACGUUCUCAGAUACUUUGUCUUUAUCUAUUUUGCAUAAAAAUCAAAGUUGAAGAAAUCUCAAAUUUUUGACCAAAACGAUGGACUAACCCCUUUGAAAAAAUUCUUAUUUUGCGCUUUUCGUACACAGUUGUUUUUAUAGUCUUUAAAGGAUUCUUUUUUAUUUAGAACGUCAGCAAACACUUUUUUUCGAUGUAUUUUUGAUAAACACAAAAGAUGAAAAAACUUCAACUUUUUGACCAAAAUCAUGGACUAUCCCCUUUGCAAAAAUGCCAAUUUUGCCUUCUUUUUAAAUCCAUGUUUAUACUGUCUAGAAAGGCUUGUUUUCUAACGAGAACGUCACUAAAUACUUUUUUUGGGUGUAUUUUGCAUCAAACGAAACGUUCACAACAUUUCAAAUUUUUGACCAAAACCAUGGACUAAGCCCUUUGCAAAAAUGCUAAUUUUGUGGGUUUUUGAAACCGAUGUUUUUGUUGUUCAAAAAGGCUUGUUUGCUAUAUAAAACGUCGAAAAUCGUUUUUUCACGAUUUAUUUUCACCAUCUAUGACAUGGGAUUACAGGGGGUUACAAAGGGUUACAGGGGGUUACAAGGGGUUACAAGGAGUUACAAGGGGUUACAGGGGGUUACAAGAGGUUACAACGGGUGACAGGGGGUGACAAGGGGUUACAGAGGGUUACAAAGGAUUAUAGAAACUUUUUUCUAAAUAGAACGUUCUCAGAUACUUUUUCUUGGUCUAUUUUGCAUAAAAAUCAAAGUUGAAGAAAUCUCAAAUUUUUGACCAAAACGAUGGACUAACCCCUUUGAAAAAAUUCUAAUUUUGCGUUUUUCGUACACAGUUGUUUUUAUAGUCCUUGAAGGCUUCUUUUUUAUCUAAAACGUCAGCAAACACUUUUUGUCGAUCUUUUUUUCAUAAACACAAAAGAUAAAAAGACUUCAACUUUUUGACCAAAAUCAUGGACUAUCCCCUUUGCAAAAAUACCAAUUUUGCCUUCUUUUUAAAUCCAUAUUCAUAUUGUCUAGAAAGGGUUGUUUUCUAACGAGAACGUCACCAAAUACUUUUUCUGGGUGUAUUUGGCAAAAAACGAAACGUUCACAAAAUUUCAAAUUUUUGACAAAAACCAUGGACAAACCCCUUUGCAAAAGUGCUAAUUUUGUGAGUUUUUCAAAUCGAUGUUUUUGUUCUUCAAAAAGGCUUGUUUGCUAUAUAAAACGCCGAAAAUCGUUUUUUCACGAUUUAUUUUCACCAUCUAUGACAUGGGAUUACAGGGGGUUACCAAGGGUUACAGGGGGUUAUAAGGGGUUACAAGGAAUUACAGUUACAGGGGGUUACAAGAGGUUACAACGGGUGACAGGGGGUGACAAGGGGUUACAGAGGGUUACAAAGGAUUAUAGAAACUUUUUUCUAAAUAGAACGUUCCCAGAUACUUUUUCUUGGUCUAUUUUGCAUAAAAAUCAAAGUUGAAGAAAUCUCAAAUUUUUCACCAAAACGAUGGACUAAUCCCUUUGAAAAAAUUCUUAUUUUGCGUUUUUCGUACACAGUUGUUUUUAUAGUCUUUAAAGGAUUUUUUUUUUAUUUAGAACGUCAGCAAACACUUUUUCCCCAUGUAUUUUUGAUAAACACCAAACAUCAAAAAACUUGAACUUUUUGACAAAAAUCAUGUACUAUCCCCUUUGCAAAAAUGCCAAUUUUGCCUUCUUUUUUUAAAUCCAUGUUUAUAUUGUCUAGAAAGGCUUGUUUUCUAACGAGAACGUCACCAAAUACUUUUUUCUUGGUCUAAUUUGCUUAAAAAUCAAAGUUGAGGAAAUCUCAAAUUUUUUGACCAAAACGAUGGACUAACCCCUUUGAAAAAAUUCUAAUUUUGCGUUUUUCGUAAACAGUUGUUUUUAUAGUCUUUAAAGGAUUCUUUUUUUUAGAACGUCAGCAAACACUUUUUCCCCAUGUAUUUUUGAUAAACACCAAACAUGAAAAAACUUGAACUUUUUUGACCAAAAUCAUGGACUAUCCCCUUUGCAAAAAUACCAAUUUUGCCUUCUUUUUAAAUCCAUAUUCAUAUUGUCUAGAAAGGGUUGUUUUCUAACGAGAACGUCACCAAAUACUUUUUCUGGGUGUAUUUUUGCAAAAAACGAAACGUUCACAAAAUUUCAAAUUUUUGACAAAAACCAUGGACUAACCCCUUUGCAAAAAUGCUAAUUUUGUGAGUUUUUCAAAUCGAUGUUUUUGUUCUUCAAAAAAGGCUUGUUUGCUAUAUAAAACGUCGAAAAUCGUUUUUUCACGAUUUAUUUUCACCAUCUAUGACAUGGGAAUACAGGGGUUACAAGGGUUACAGGGGUUAUAAGGGGUUACAAGGGGGGUUACAGGGGGUUACAAGAGGUUACAACGGGUGACAGGGGGUGACAAGGGGUUACAGAGGGUUACAAAGGAUUAUAGAAACUUUUUUCUAAAUAGAACGUUCCCAGAUACUUUUUCUUGGUCUAUUUUGCAUAAACAUCAAAGUUGAAGAAAUCUCAAAUUUUUCACCAAAACGAUGGAUUAAUCCCUUUGAAAAAAUUCUUAUUUUGCGUUUUUCGUACACAGUUGUUUUUAUAGUCUUUAAAGGAUUCUUUUUUAUUUAGAACGUCAGCAAACACUUUUUCCCCAUGUAUUUUUGAUAAACACCAAACAUCAAAAAACUUGAACUUUUUGACUAUCCCCUUUGCAAAAAUGCCAAUUUUGCCUUCUUUUUAAAUCCAUGUUUAUAAAAAGGCUUGUUUUCUAACGAGAACGUCACCAAAUUUUUUCUUGGUCUAAUUUGCUUUCAAAGUUGAGGAAAUCUCAAAUUUUUGACCAAAACGAUGGACUAACCCCUUUGAAAAAAUUCUAAUUUUGCGUUUUUCGUAAACAGUUGUUUUUAUAGUCUUUAAAGGAUUCUUUUUUUUUAUUUAGAACGUCAGCAAACACUUUUUUUCCAUGUAUUUUUGAUAAACACCAAACAUGAAAAAACUUGAACUUUUUGACCAAAAUCAUGGACUAUCCCCUUUGCAAAAAUACCAAUUUUGCCUUCUUUUUUAAAUCCAUAUUCAUAUUGUCUAGAAAGGGUUGUUUUCUAACGAGAACGUCACCAAAUACUUUUUCUGGGUGUAUUUUGCAAAAACGAAACGUUCACAAAAUUUCAAAUUUUUGACCAAAACCAUGGACAAACCCCUUUGCAAAAAUGCUAAUUUUGUGGGUUUUUCAAAUCGAUGUUUUUGUUCUUCAAAAAGCUUGUUUGCUAUAUAAAACGUCGAAAAUCGUUUUUUCACGAUUUAUUUUCACCAUCUAUGACAUGGGAAUACAGGGGUUACAACGGGUUACAGGGUUACAGGGGGGGUUACAAGGGGUUACAAGGGGUUACAAGGGGUUACAAGGGGUUACAAGGGGUUACAAGGGUUACAAGAGGUCACAACGGGUGACAGGGGGUGACAAGGGGUUACAGAGGGUUACAAAGGAUUAUAGAAACUUUUUUCUAAAUAGAACGUUCCCAGAUACUUUUUCUUGGUCUAUUUUGCAUAAACAUCAAAGUUGAAGAAAUCUCAAAUUUUUCACCAAAACGAUGGAUUAAUCCCUUUGAAAAAAUUCUUAUUUUGCGUUUUUCGUACACAGUUGUUUUUAUAGUCUUUAAAGGAUUCUUUUUUAUUUAGAACGUCAGCAAACACUUUUUCCCCAUGUAUUUUUGAUAAACACCAAACAUCAAAAAACUUGAACUUUUUGACAAAAAUCAUGUACUAUCCCCUUUGCAAAAAUGCCAAUUUUGCCUUCUUUUUAAAUCCAUGUUUAUAUUGUCUAGAAAGGCUUGUUUUCUAACGAGAACGUCACCAAAUACUUUUUCUUGGUCUAUUUUGCUUAAAAAUCAAAGUUGAGGAAAUCUCAAAUUUUUGACCAAAACGAUGGACUAACCCCUUUGAAAAAAUUCUAAUUUUGCGUUUUUCGUAAACAGUUGUUUUUAUAGUCUUUAAAGGAUUCUUUUUUAUUUAGAACGUCAGCAAACACUUUUUCCCCAUGUAUUUUUGAUAAACACCAAACAUGAAAAAACUUGAACUUUUUGACCAAAAUCAUGGACUAUCCCCUUUGCAAAAAUACCAAUUUUGCCUUCUUUUUAAAUCCAUAUUCAUAUUGUCUAGAAAGGGUUGUUUUCUAACGAGAACGUCACCAAAUACUUUUUCUGGGUGUAUUUUGCAAAAAACGAAACGUUCACAAAAUUUCAAAUUUUUGACAAAAACCAUGGACUAACCCCUUUGCAAAAAUGCUAAUUUUGUGAGUUUUUCAAAUCGAUGUUUUUGUUCUUCAAAAAGGCUUGUUUGCUAUAUAAAACGUCGAAAAUCGUUUUUUCACGAUUUAUUUUCACCAUCUAUGACACGGGAAUACGGGGGGUUACAAGGGGUUACAGGAGGUUACAAGGGGUUACAAGGGGUUACAGGGGGUUACAGAGGUUACAAGGGGUGACAGGGGGUGACAAGGGGUUACAGAGGGUUACAAAGGAUUAUAGAAACUUUUUUCUAAAUAGAACGUUCUCAGAUACUUUUUCUUGGUCUAUUUUGCAUAAAAAUCAAAGUUGAAGAAAUCUCAAAUUUUUGACCAAAACGAUGGACUAACCCCUUUGAAAAAAUUCUAAUUUUGCGCUUUUCGUACACAGUUGUUUUUAUAGUCUUUAAAGGAUUCUUUUUUAUUUAGAACGUCAGCAAACACUUUUUCUCGAUGUAUUUUUGAUAAACACAAAAGAUGAAAAAACUUCAACUUUUUGACCAAAAUCAUGGACUAUCCCCUUUGCAAAAAUGCCAAUUUUACCUUCUGUUUAGAUCCAUGUUUAUACUGUCUAGAAAGGCUUGUUUUCAAACGAGAACGUCACUAAAUACUUUUUCUGGGUGUAUUUUGCAUCAAACGAAACGUUCACAAAAUUUCAAAUUUUUGACCAAAACCAUGGACUAACCCCUUUGCAAAAAUGCUAAUUUUGUGGGUUUUUGAAACCGAUGUUUUUGUUGUUCAAAAAGGCUUGUUUGCUAUAUAAAACGUCGAAAAUCGUUUUUUCACGAUUUAUUUUCACCAUCUAUGACAUGGGAAUACAGGGGAUUAAAAAGGGUUACAGGCGGUUACAAGGGGUUAGAGGGGGUUACAAGGGGUGACAGGGGGUGACAAGGGGUUACAGAGGGUUACAAAGAAUUAUAGAAACUUUUUUCUAAAACAGAACGUUCUCAGAUACUUUUUCUUGGUCUAUUUUGCAUAAAAAUCAAAGUUGAAGAAAUCUCAAAUUUAUGACCAAAACGAUGUACUAACCCCUUUCAAAAAAUUCUAAUUUUGCGUUUUUCCUACACAGUUGUUUUUAUAGUCCUUGAAGGCUUCUUUUUUAUCUAAAACCUUAGCAAACACUUUUUGUCGAUCUAUUUUUCAUAAACACAAAAGAUAAAAAGACUUCAACUUUUUCACCAAAAUCAUGGACUAUCCCCUUUGCAAAAAUACCAAUUUUGCCUUUUUUUUAAAUCCAUAUUCAUAUUGUCUAGAAAGGGUUGUUUUCUAACGAGAACGUCACCAAAUACUUUUUCUGGGUGUAUUUUGCAAAAAACGAAACGUUCACAAAAUUUCAAAUUUUUGACAAAAACCAUGGACUAACCCCUUUGCAAAAGUGCUAAUUUUGUGAGUUUUUCAAAUCGAUGUUUUUGUUCUUCAAAAAGGCUUGUUUGCUAUAUAAAACGUCGAAAAUCGUUUUUUCACGAUUUAUUUUCACCAUCUAUUACAUGGGAAUACGGGCGGUUACAAGGGGUUACAGGAGGUUAAAAGAGGUUACAAGGGGUUACAGGAGGUUACAAGAGGUUACAAGGGGUGACAAGGGGUUACAGAGGGUUACAAAGGAUUAUAGAAACUUUUUUCUAAAUAGAACGUUCUCAGAUACUUUUUCUUGGUCUAUUUUGCAUAAAAAUCAAAGUUGAAGAAAUCUCAAAUUUUUGACCAAAACGAUGGACUAACCCCUUUGAAAAAAUUCUUAUUUUGCGUUUUUCGUACACAGUUGUUUUUAUAGUCUUUAAAGGAUUCUUUUUUAUUUAGAACGUCAGCAAACACUUUUUGUCGAUCUAUUUUUCAUAAACACAAAAGAUAAAAAGACUUCAACUUUUUGACCAAAAUCAUGGACUAUCCCCUUUGCAAAAAUACCAAUUUUGCCUUCUUUUUAAAUCCAUAUUCAUAUUGUCUAGAAAGGGUUGUUUUCUAACGAGAACGUCACCAAAUACUUUUUCUGGGUGUAUUUUGCAAAAAACGAAACGUUCACAAAAUUUCAAAUUUUUGACAAAAACCAUGGACUAACCCCUUUGCAAAAAUGCUAAUUUUGUGAGUUUUUCAAAUCGAUGUUUUUGUUCUUCAAAAAGGCUUGUUUGCUAUAUAAAACGUCGAAAAUCGUUUUUUCACGAUUUAUUUUCACCAUCUAUGACACGGGAAUACGGGGGGUUACAAGGGGUUACAGGAGGUUACAAGGGGUUACAAGGGGUUACAGGGGGUUACAAGAGGUUACAAGGGGUUACAGGGGGCUACAAGACGUGACAAGGGGUGACAGGGGGUGACAAGGGGUUACAGAGGGUUACAAAGGAUUAUAGAAACUUUUUUCUAAAUAGAACGUUCUCAGAUACUUUUUCUUGGUCUAUUUUGCAUAAAAAUCAAAGUUGAAGAAAUCUCAAAUUUUUGACCAAAACGAUGGACUAACCCCUUUGAAAAAAUUCUAAUUUUGCGUUUUUCGUAAACAGUUGUUUUUAUAGUCUUUAAAGGAUUCUUUUUUAUUUAGAACGUCAGCAAACACUUUUUCUCGAUGUAUUUUUGAUAAACACAAAAGAUGAAAAAACUUCAACUUUUUGACCAAAAUCAUGGACUAUCCCCUUUGCAAAAAUGCCAAUUUUACCUUCUGUUUAGAUCCAUGUUUAUACUGUCUAGAAAGGCUUGUUUUCAAACGAGAACGUCACUAAAUACUUUUUCUGGGUGUAUUUUGCAUCAAACGAAACGUUCACAAAAUUUCAAAUUUUUGACCAAAACCAUGGACUAACCCCUUUGCAAAAAUGCCAAUUUUGUGGGUUUUUAAAACCGAUGUAUUUGUUGUUCAAAAAGCCUUGUUUGCUAUAUAAAACGUCGAAAAUCGUUUUUUCACAAUUUAUUUUCACCAUCUAUGACAUGGGAAUACAGGGGGUUACAACGGGUUACAAGGGGUUACAAGGGGUUACAGGGGGUUACAAGAGGUUACAAGGGGUGACAGGGGGUGACAAGGGGUUACACAGGGUUACAAGAGGUCACAAGGGGUGAAAGGGGGUGACAAGGGAUUACAGAGGGUUACAAAGGAUUAUAGAAACUUUUUUCUAAAUAGAACGUUCUCAGAUACUUUGUCUUGGUCUAUUUUGCAUAAAAAUCAAAGUUGAAGAAAUCUCAAAUUUUUGACCAAAACGAUGGACUAACCCCUUUGAAAAAAUUCUAAUUUUGCGUUUUUCGUAAACAGUUGUUUUUAUAGUCUUUAAAGGAUUCUUUUUUAUUUAGAACGUCAGCAAACACUUUUUCCCCAUGUAUUUUUGAUAAACACCAAACAUGAAAAAACUUGAACUUUUUGACAAAAAUCAUGUACUAUCCCCUUUGCAAAAAUGCCAAUUUUGCCUUCUUUUUAAAUCCAUGUUUAUGUUGUCUAGAAAGGCUUGUUUUCUAACGAGAACGUCACCAAAUACUUUUUCUUGGUCUAUUUUGCUUAAAAAUCAAAGUUGAGGAAAUCUCAAAUUUUUGACCAAAACGAUGGACUAACCCCUUUGAAAAAAUUCUAAUUUUGCGUUUUUCGUAAACAGUUGUUUUUAUAGUCUUUAAAGGAUUCUUUUUUUUUAGAACGUCAGCAAACACUUUUUCCCCAUGUAUUUUUGAUAAACACCAAACAUGAAAAAAAACUGAACUUUUUGACCAAAAUCAUGGACUAUCCCUUUGCAAAAAUACCAAUUUUGCCUUCUUUUUAAAUCCAUAUUCAUAUUGUCUAGAAAGGGUUGUUUUCUAACGAGAACGUCACCAAAUACUUUUUCUGGGUGUAUUUUGCAAAAAACGAAACGUUCACAAAAUUUCAAAUUUUUGACAAAAACCAUGGACUAACCCCUUUGCAAAAAUGCUAAUUUUGUGAGUUUUUCAAAUCCAUGUUUUUGUUCUUCAAAAAGCUUUGUUUGCUAUAUAAAACGUCGAAAAUCGUUUUUUUUUCGAUUUAUUUUCACCAUCUAUGACAUGGGAAUACAGGGGUUACAAGGGGUUACAAGGGGUUAGGUUACAAGGGGUUACAAGGGGUUACAAGGGGUUAAGGGGUUACAAGGGGUUACAAGGGGUGACAGGGGUGACAAGGGGUUACAGAGGGUUACAAAGGAUUAUAGAAACUUUUUUUUUUUUCUAAAUAGAACGUUCUCAGAUACUUUUUCUUGGUCUAUUUUGCAUAAAAAUCAAAGUUGAAGAAAUCUCAAAUUUUUGACCAAAACGAUGGACUAACCCCUUUGAAAAAAUUCUAAUUUUGCGCUUUUCGUAAACAGUUGUUUUUAGAGUCUUUAAAGGAUUCUUUUUUAUUUAGAACGUCAGCAAACACUUUUUCUCGAUGUAUUUUUGAUAAACACAAAAGAUGAAAAAACUUCAACUUUUUGACCAAAAAUCAUGGACUAUCCCCUUUGCAAAAAAUGCCAAUUUUGCCUUCUUUUUAAAUCCAUGUUUAUAUUGUCUAGAAAGGCUUGUUUUCUAACGAGAACGUCACCAAAUACUUUUUCUGGGUGUAUUUUGCAUCAAACGAAACGUUCACAAAAUUUCAAAUUUUUGACCAAAACCAUGGACUAACCCCUUUGCAAAAAUGCUAAUUUUGUGGGUUUUUGUAAACGAUGUUUUUGUUGUUCAAAAAGGCUUGUUUUUAUAUAAAACGUCGAAAAUCGUUUUUUUUUCCAUUUAUUUUCACCAUCAUCUAUGACAUGGGAACAGGGGGAAAAAAAGGGGUUAACACAAGGGGUUAAGGGGUUAAAAUUAUGGAGGGUUACAGGGGGUUACAAGAGGUUACAAUAGGGUUACAAGGGGGUGAAUCAUAUUCAUAUUGUUACAGAGGGUUAAAGGAUUAUAGAAACUUUUCCUAAAUAGAACGUUCUCAGAUACUUUUUCUUGGUCUAUUUUGCAUAAAAAUCAAAGUUGAAGAAAUCUCAAAUUUUUGACCAAAACGAUGGACUAACCCCUUUGAAAAAAUUCUAAUUUUGCGCUUUUCGUACACAGUUGUUUUUAUAGUCUUUAAAGGAUUCUUUUUUAUUUAGAACGUCAGCAAACACUUUUUCUCGAUGUAUUUUUGAUAAACACAAAACAUGAAAAAACUUCAACUUUUUGACAAAAAUCAUGUACUAUCCCCUUUGCAAAAAUGCCAAUUUUGCCUUCUUUUUAAAUCCAUGUUUAUAUUGUCUAGAAAGGCUUGUUUUCUAACGAGAACGUCACCAAAUACUUUUUCUGGGUGUAUUUUGCAUCAAACGAAACGUUCACAAAAUUUCCAACUUUUGACCAAAACCAUGGACUAACCCCUUUGCAAAAAUGCCAAUUUUGUGGGUUUUUAAAACCGAUGUAUUUGUUGUUCAAAAAGGCUUGUUUGCUAUAUAAAACGUCGAAAAUCGUUUUUUUCACGAUUUAUUUUCACCAUCUAUGACAUGGGAUUACAGGGGGGUUACAAAGGGUUACAGGGGGUUACAAGGGGUUACAAGGGGUUACAAGGGGUUACAGGGGUUACAAGAGGUUACAACAAGGGGUGACAGGGGUGACAAGGGGUUACAGGGGUUACAAAGGAUUAUAGAAACUUUUUUCUAACUAGAACGUUGUCAGAUACUUUUUCUUGGUCUAUUUUGAAAAAAAUCAAACUUGAAGAAAUCUCAAAUUUUUGACCAAAACGAUGGACUAACCCCUUUGGAAAACGUCUAAUUUUGCGUUUUUCGUACACAGUUGUUUUUAUAGUCUUUAAAGGAUUCUUUUUUAUUUAGAACGUCAGCAAACACUUUUUCUCGAUGUAUUUUUGAUAAACACAAAAGAUGAAAAAACUUCAACUUUUUGACCGAAAUCAUGGACUAUCCCCUUUGCAAAAAUGCCAAUUUUGUCUUCUUUUUAAAUCAAUAUUUAUAUUGUCUAGAAAAGCUUGUUUUCUAACGAGAACGUCACCAAAUACUUUUUCUGGGUGUAUUUUGCAAAAAACGAAACGUUCACAAAAUUUCAAAUUUUUGACAAAAACCAUGGACUAACCCCUUAACAAAAAUGCUAAAUCUUUGGGUGUUUGAAAUCAAUGUUUUUGUUCUUCAAAAAGGCUUGUUUGCUAUAAAAAACGUCGAAAAUCGUUUUUUUUUCCGAUUUAUUUUCACCAUCUAUGACAUGGGAAUACAGGGGGUUACAAGGGGUUACAGGAGGUUACAAGGGGUUACAAGGGGUUACAGGGGGUUACAAGAGGUUACAACGGGUGACAGGGGGUGUCAAGGGGUUACAGGGGGUUACAAAGGAUUAUAGAAACUUUUUUCUAAAUAGAACGUUCUCAGAUACUUUUUCUUGGUCUAUUUUGCAUAAAAAUCAAAGUUGAAGAAAUCUCAAAUUUUUGACCAAAACGAUGGACUAACCCCUUUGAAAAAAUUCUAAUUUUGCGUUUUUCGUACACAGUUGUUUUUAUAGUCUUUAAAGGAUUCUUUUUUAUUUAGAACGUCAGCAAACACUUUUUCUCGAUGUAUUUUUGAUAAACACAAAAGAUGAAAAAACUCCAACUUUUUGACCAAAAUCAUGGACUAUCCCCUUUGCAAAAAUGCCAAUUUUACCUUCUGUUUAGAUCCAUGUUUAUACUGUCUAGAAAGGCUUGUUUUCAAACGAGAACGUCACUAAAUACUUUUUCUGGGUGUAUUUUGCAUCAAACGAAACGUUCACAAAAUUUCAAAUUUUUGACCAAAACCAUGGACUAACCCCUUUGCAAAAAUGCCAAUUUUGUGGGUUUUUAAAACCGAUGUAUUUGUUGUUCAAAAAGCCUUGUUUGCUAUAUAAAACGUCGAAAAUCGUUUUUUCACGAUUUAUUUUCACCAUCUAUGACAUGGGAAUACAGGGAGUUACAAGGGGUUACAAGGGAUUACAAGGGGUUACAAGGGGUUACAGGAGGUUACAAGGGGUUACAAGGGGUUACAAGAGGUUACAACGGGUGACAGGGGGUGACAAGGGGUUACAGAGGGUUACAAAGGAUUAUAGAAACUUUUUUCUAAAUAGAACGUUCUCAGAUACUUUUUCUUGGUCUAUUUUGCAUAAAAAUCAAAGUUGAAGAAAUCUCAAAUUUUUGACCAAAACGAUGGACUAACCCCUUUGAAAAAAUUCUAAUUUUGCGCUUUUCGUACACAGUUGUUUUUAUAGUCUUUAAAGGAUUCUUUUUUAUUUAGAACGUCAGCAAACACUUUUUCUCGAUGUAUUUUUGAUAAACACAAAAGAUGAAAAAACUUCAACUUUUUGACCAAAAUCAUGGACUAUCCCCUUUGCAAAAAUGCCAAUUUUGCCUUCUUUUUAAAUCCAUAUUUAUAUUGUCUAGAAAGGGUUGUUUUCUAACGAGAACGUCACCAAAUACUUUUUCUGGGUGUAUUUUGCAAAAAACGAAACGUUCACAAAAUUUCAAAUUUUUGACAAAAACCAUGGACUAACCCCUCUGCAAAAAUGCUAAUUUUGUGGGUUUUUCAAAUCGACGUUUUGGUUCUUCAAAAAGGCUUGUUUUCUGUAUAAAACGUCGAAAAUCGUUUUUAUAACGAUUUAUUUUCACCAUCUAUGACAUGGGAAUACAGGGGGUUACAAGGGGUUACAGGAGGUUACAAGGGGUUACAAGGGGUUACAAGAGGUUACAAGGGGUUACAAAGGGUUACAAGAGGUUACAAGGGGUGACAGGGGGUGACAAGGGGUUACAGGGGGUUUUAAAGAAUUAUACAAACUUUUUUCUAACUAGAACGUUCCCAGAUACUUUCUCUUAAUCUAUUUUGCACAAAAGUAAAAGUUGAAAAAAUCUCAAAUUUUUGACCAAAACGAUGGACUAACCCCUUUAAAAAAAUUCUAAUCUUGGGUUUUUCCUACACAGUUUUUUUAUACUCUUUAAAGGAUUCUUUUUUAUUUAAAACGUCAGCAAAUACUUUUUCUCGAUGUAUUUUUGAUAAACACAAAAGAUGAAAAAACUUCAACUUUUUGACCAAAAUCAUAGACUAUCCCCUUUGCAAAAAUGCCAAUUUUGUCUUCUUUUUAAAUCAAUAUUUAUAUUGUCUAGAAAAGCUUGUUUUCUAACGAGAACGUCACCAAAUACUUUUUCUGGGUGUAUUUUGCAAAAAACGAAACGUUCACAAAAUUUCAAAUUUUUGACAAAAACCAUGGACUAACCCCUUGGCAAAAAUGCUAAAUCUUUGGGUGUUUGAAAUCAAUGUUUUUGUUCUUCAAAAAGGCUUGUUUGCUAUAUAAAACGUAAAAACGUCGAAAAUCGUUUUUUUUUCGAUUUAUUUUCACCAUCUAUGACACGGGAAUACAGGGGUUACAAGGGGUUACAGGAGGUUACAAGGGGUUACAAGGGGUUACAGGGGGGUACAAGAAGGGUUACAAGGGGUGACAGGGGUGACAAGGGGUUACAGAGGGUUUUAAAGGAUUAUAGAAACUUUUUCUAAAUAGAACGUUCUCAGAUACUUUUUCUUGGUCUAUUUUGCAUAAAAAUCAAAGUUGAAGAAAUCUCAAAUUUUUGACCAAAACGAUGGACUAACCCCUUUGAAAAAAUUCUAAUUUUGCGCUUUUCGUAAACAGUUGUUUUUAGAGUCUUUAAAGGAUUCUUUUUUAUUUAGAACGUCAGCAAACACUUUUUCUCGAUGUAUUUUUGAUAAACACAAAAGAUGAAAAAACUUCAACUUUUUGACCAAAAUCAUGGACUAUCCCCUUUGGAAAAAUGCCAAUUUUACCUUCUGUUUAGAUCCAUGUUUAUACUGUCUAGAAAGGAUUGUUUUCAAACGAGAACGUCACUAAAUACUUUUUCUGGGUGUAUUUUGCAUCAAACGAAACGUUCACAAAAUUUCAAAUUUUUGACCAAAACCAUGGACUAACCCCUUUGCAAAAAUGCCAAUUUUGUGGGUUUUUAAAACCGAUGUAUUUGUUGUUCAAAAAGCCUUGUUUGCUAUAUAAAACGUCGAAAAUCGUUUUUUCACGAUUUAUUUUCACCAUCUAUGACAUGGGAAUACAGGGGGUUACAACGGGUUACAAGGGGUUACAAGGGGUUACAGGGGGUUACAAGAGGUUACAAGAGGUUACAAGGGGUGACAGGGGGUGACAAGGGGUUACACAGGGUUACAAGAGGUCACAAGGGGUGAAAGGGGGUGACAAGGGAUUACAGAGGGUUACAAAGGAUUAUAGAAACUUUUUUCUAAAUAGAACGUUCUCAGAUACUUUGUCUUGGUCUAUUUUGCAUAAAAAUCAAAGUUGAAGAAAUCUCAAAUUUUUGACCAAAACGAUGGACUAACCCCUUUGAAAAAAUUCUAAUUUUGCGUUUUUCGUAAACAGUUGUUUUUAUAGUCUUUAAAGGAUUCUUUUUUAUUUAGAACGUCAGCAAACACUUUUCCCCAUGUAUUUUUGAUAAACACCAAACAUGAAAAAACUUGAACUUUUUGACAAAAAUCAUGUAAUAUCCCCUUUGCAAAAAUGCCAAUUUUGCCUUCUUUUUAAAUCCAUGUUUAUAUUGUCUAGAAAGGCUAGUUUUCUAACGAGAACGUCACCAAAUACUUUUUCUUGGUCUAUUUUGCAUCAAACGAAACGUUCAGGAAAAUUUCAAAUUUUUGACCAAAACCAUGGACUAACCCCUUUGAAAAAAUUCUAAUUUUGCGUUUUUCGUAAACAGUUGUUUUUAUAGUCUUUAAAGGAUUCUUUUUUAUUUAGAACGUCAGCAAACACUUUUUCCCCAUGUAUUUUUGAUAAACACCAAACAUGAAAAAACUUGAACUUUUUGACCAAAAUCAUGGACUAUCCCCUUUGCAAAAAUACCAAUUUUGCCUUCUUUUUAAAUCCAUAUUCAUAUUGUCUAGAAAGGGUUGUUUUCUAACGAGAACGUCACCAAAUACUUUUUCUUGGUCUAUUUUGCAUAAAAAUCAAAGUUGAAGAAAUCUCAAAUUUUUGACCAAAACGAUGGACUAACCCCUUUGAAAAAAUUCUAAUUUUGCGCUUUUCGUACACAGUUGUUUUUAUAGUCUUUAAAGGAUUCUUUUUUAUUUAGAACGUCAGCAAACACUUUUUCUCGAUGUAUUUUUGAUAAACACAAAAGAUGAAAAAACUUCAACUUUUUGACCAAAAUCAUGGACUAUCCCCUUUGCAAAAAUGCCAAUUUUACCUUCUGUUUAGAUCCAUGUUUAUACUGUCUAGAAAGGCUUGUUUUCAAACGAGAACGUCACUAAAUACUUUUUUUGGGUGUAUUUUGCAUCAAACGAAACGUUCACAAAAUUUCAAAUUUUUCACCAAAACCAUGGACUAACCCCUUUGCAAAAAUGCUAAUUUUGUGGGUUUUUGAAACCGAUGUUUUUGUUGUUCAAAAAGGCUUGUUUGCUAUAUAAAACGUCGAAAAUCGUUUUUUCACGAUUUAUUUUCACCAUCUAUGACAUGGGAUUACAGGGGGUUACAAAGGGUUACAGGGGGUUACAAGGGGUUACAAGGAGUUACAAGGGGUUACAGGGGGUUACAAGAGGUUACAACGGGUGACAGGGGGUGACAAGGGGUUACAGAGGGUUACAAAGGAUUAUAGAAACUUUUCCUAAAUAGAACGUUCUCAGAUACUUUUUCUUGGUCUAUUUUGCAUAAAAAUCAAAGUUGAAGAAAUCUCAAAUUUUUGACCAAAACGAUGGACUAACCCCUUUGAAAAAAUUCUAAUUUUGCGCUUUUCGUACACAGUUGUUUUUAUAGUCUUUAAAGGCUUCUUUUUUUAUCUAAAACGUCAGCAAACACUUUUUUUCUCGAUCUAUUUUUCAUAAACACAAAAGAUAAAAAAAACUUCAACUUUUUGACCAAAAUCAUGGACUAUCCCCUUUGCAAAAAUACCAAUUUUGCCUUUUUUUUAAAUCCAUAUUCAUAUUGUCUAGAAAGGGUUGUUUUCUAACGAGAACGUCACCAAAUACUUUUUCUGGGUGUAUUUUGCAAAAAACGAAACGUUCACAAAAUUUCAAAUUUUUGACAAAACCAUGGACUAACCCCUUUGCAAAAAAUGCUAAUUUUGUGAGUUUUUUCAAAUCGAUGUUUUUGUUCUUCAAAAAGGCUUGUUUGCUAUAUAAAACGUCGAAAAUCGUUUUUUCACGAUUUAUUUUCACCAUCUAUGACAUGGGAAUACAGGGGGUUACAAAGGGUUACAGGAGGUUAAAAAGAGGUUACAAAGGGGUUACAAGGGUUACAGGAGGUUACAAGAGGUUACAAGGGGUGACAAGGGGUUACAGAGGGUUACAAAGGAUUAUAGAAACUUUUUUCUAAAUAGAACGUUCUCAGAUACUUUUUCUUGGUCUAUUUUGCAUAAAAAUCAAAGUUGAAGAAAUCUCAAAUUUUUGACCAAAACGAUGGACUAACCCCUUUGAAAAAAUUCUUAUUUUUCGUUUUUCGUACACAGUUGUUUUUAUAGUCUUUAAAGGAUUCUUUUUUAUUUAGAACGUCAGCAAACACUUUUUGUCCAUCUAUUUUUCAUAAACACAAAAGAUAAAAAGACUUCAACUUUUUGACCAAAAUCAUGGACUAUCCCCUUUGCAAAAAUACCAAUUUUGCCUUCUUUUUAAAUCCAUAUUCAUAUUGUCUAGAAAGGGUUGUUUUCUAACGAGAACGUCACCAAAUACUUUUUCUGGGUGUAUUUUGCAAAAAACGAAACGUUCACAAAAUUUCAAAUUUUUGACAAAAACCAUGGACUAACCCCUUUGCAAAAAUGCUAAUUUUGUGCGUUUUUCAAAUCGAUGUUUUUGUUCUUCAAAAAGGCUUGUUUGCUAUAUAAAACGUCGAAAAUCGUUUUUUCACGAUUUAUUUUCACCAUCUAUGACACGGGAAUACGGGGGGUUACAAGGGGUUACAGGAGGUUACAAGGGGUUACAGGGGGUUACAAGAGGUUACAAGGGGUGACAGGGGGUGACAAGGGGUUACAGAGGGUUACAAAGGAUUAUAGAAACUUUUUUCUAAAUAGAACGUUCUCAGAUACUUUUUCUUGGUCUAUUUUGCAUAAAAAUCAAAGUUGAAGAAAUCUCAAAUUUUUGACCAAAACGAUGGACUAACCCCUUUGAAAAAAUUCUAAUUUUGCGCUUUUCGUACACAGUUGUUUUUAUAGUCUUUAAAGGAUUCUUUUUUAUUUUACGUCAGCAAACACUUUUUCUCGAUGUAUUUUUGAUAAACACAAAAGAUGAAAAAAAACUUCAACUUUUUGACCAAAAUCAUGGACUAUCCCCUUUGCAAAAAUGCCAAUUUUACCUUCUGUUUAGAUCCAUGUUUAUACUGUCUAGAAAGGCUUGUUUUCAAACGAGAACGUCACUAAAUACUUUUUCUGGGUGUAUUUUGCAUCAAACGAAACGUUCACAAAAUUUCAAAUUUUUGACCAAAACCAUGGACUAACCCCUUUGCAAAAAUGCCAAUUUUGUGGGUUUUUAAAACCGAUGUAUUUGUUGUUCAAAAAGCCUUGUUUGCUAUAUAAAACGUCGAAAAUCGUUUUUUCACGAUUUAUUUUCACCAUCUAUGACAUGGGAAUACAGGGGGUUACAACGGGUUUCAAGGGGUUACAAGGGGUUACAGGGGGUUACAAGAGGUUACAAGGGGUGACAGGGGGUGACAAGGGGUUACAGAGGGUUACAAGAGGUCACAAGGGGUGAAAGGGGGUGACAAGGGAUUACAGAGGGUUACAAAGGAUUAUAGAAACUUUUUUCUAAAUAGAACGUUCUCAGAUACUUUGUCUUGGUCUAUUUUGCAUAAAAAUCAAACUUGAAGAAAUCUCAAAUUUUUGACCAAAACGAUGGACUAACCCCUUUGAAAAAAUUCUAAUUUUGCGUUUUUCGUAAACAGUUGUUUUUAUAGUCUUUAAAGGAUUAUUUUUAUUUAGAACCUCAGCAAACACUUUUUCCCCAUGUAUUUUUGAUAAACACCAAACAUGAAAAAACUUGAACUUUUUGACAAAAAUCGUGUACUAUCCCCUUUGCAAAAAUGCCAAUUUUGCCUUCUUUUUAAAUCCAUGUUUAUAUUGUCUAGAAAGGCUUGUUUUCUAACGAGAACGUCACCAAAUACUUUUUCUUGGUCUAUUUUGCUUAAAAAUCAAAGUUGAGGAAAUCUCAAAUUUUUGACCAAAACGAUGGACUAACCCCUUUGAAAAAAUUCUAAUUUUGCGUUUUUCGUAAACAGUUGUUUUUAUAGUCUUUAAAGGAUUCUUUUUUAUUUAGAACGUCAGCAAACACUUUUUCCCCAUGUAUUUUUGAUAAACACCAAACAUGAAAAAACUUGAACUUUUUGACCAAAAUCAUGGACUAUCCCCUUUGCAAAAAUGCCAAUUUUGCCUUCUUUUUAAAUCCAUAUUCAUAUUGUCUAGAAAGGGUUGUUUUCUAACGAGAACGUCACCAAAUACUUUUUCUGGGUGUAUUUGGCAAAAAACGAAACGUUCACAAAAUUUCAAAUUUUUGACAAAAACCAUGGACUAACCCCUUUGCAAAAAUGCUAAUUUUGUGAGUUUUUCAAAUCCAUGUUUUUGUUCUUCAAAAAGGCUUGUUUGCUAUAUAAAACGUCGAAAAUCGUUUUUUUUCCGAUUUAUUUUCACCAUCUAUGACACGGGAAUACAGGGGGGUUACAAGGGGUUACAGGUUAGGGGUUACAAGGGGUUACAAGGGGUUACAAGAGGUUACAAGGGGUGACAGGGGUGACAAGGGGUUACAGAGGGUUACAAAGGAUUAUAGAAACUUUUUCUAA